AUGCUAUCUACAUGGAGCGACGAUGACAGUAAUCGUGAUUGUUGCAGAUGGAAAGGCAUUCAGUGCCACAAUGAAACUGGUCAUGCACACAUGCUUGAUCUCCGUGGUCAGCAUACACAAUAUUUGCCUGGUGCAUUCAACAUCACUUCAUUGGUUCACUUGCAAAAAAUGGAGUAUUUGGAUCUCAGCUAUAAUGAUUUUCAAUCGAGUCACAUUCCAGAACUUAUUGGCUCGUUUACCUACUUAAGAUAUCUCAGUAUCUCAUAUUCGUAUUUUGCUGGGAGAAUCCCUUGUGAACUAGGAAAGCUUGCACAUUUACAAUAUAUGGGUUUAAGGUGCAAUUAUCUCUAUGGAGAAAUCCCUUAUCAACUUGGAAAUCUGUCACGGUUGAAGUAUCUUGAUCUUGGGAGAAAUUCACUUUCAGGAGCAAUCCCUUUUCAGGUUGGGAAUCUUCCUAACUUGCACACUCUAAGGCUUGGUGGCAAUUUUGAUGUUGAAUCUAAGGAUGCAGAGUGGUUGUCUAAUCUCCAUUCCUUAACAAUUAUUGAGUUGAGUUCAUUAGGUAAUCUUGGCUCCUCUCAUCACUGGCUACAAACGAUUGGCAACCUUAUCCCAAACUUAACAGAAUUAAGGUUAGUUGACUGCACUCUUUCAAACACUGACAUUCAAUCUUUGUUUUAUUCUCAUUCCAAGUUUUCCACUUCUCUUACCAUCCUUGAUCUCUCUUCCAAUAUGCUGACAUCCUCGUCGCUUCAACUCUUGUCCAACUUCAGCCAUAAUCUCCAGGAGCUUUAUCUUUCUCGUAAUAACAUUGUUUUGUCAUCUCCUCUCUUUCCAAACUUUCCUUCUCUGGUGAUCCUUUACCUUCCAUAUAAUAAUAUUACAUCAGUUGUAUUUCAAGGUAUCUUCAAAUUCAGCCCAAAACUUGAAAGUUUAUAUUUCCGAAAUUGCAGUCUUUCCGAUGAAAGUUUUCUGAUGUCAUAUGCUUCCACCAUGAAUUCAUCAUCUUCUCUUGUCACUGUUGAUCUCUCCUCAAACCUGUUGAAAUCUGCCUCUGUAUUUUACUGGCUCUUUAACUUCACCACCAAUCUUCGUUCCCUUUCCCUUAGUGAUAACCUGUUAGAAAAUCCCAUCCGUGGUGAAUUUGGGAAAGCAUUCAACUCUCUUGAAGAUCUUGACCUCUCCCGCAACAACAUACGAGGCCAGAUUCCAUCUUUCUUUGGGAACAUAUCCACGUUGCAGACGCUAGACCUGUCAUACAACAAGUUGAGCGGGGAAAUUCCUAGUUUCAUUCAAAACUCUUCAUGGUGA